GGCCUCAGAAGCCGCCUAUUGUUGUUGAUGGCUAUAAUCUUCAGGUCACCUGGGGACAGAGAUAGCAUCCUCUCUGCCACCUGUGAGCGAGGAAACAAACCAAACCUGUUUAUUUAAAUGUGUCACACUCAGUUGCUGUUGGACAAUGUCGGCUUAAUUGGUGCUUGCGUCAUAACGUUAAGAGGAUAGACUACACAGCGGAUGUUUUAAUCCAAACAGAGCGUCUUCAGGGUCGGUUAAGGACACGCACAGGCAGGUCACCCUGUAUGGACUUUCACCAACGCAACAACCAGUUAAAAUUGAAGCUCGUGUCGUAUAGUACAGCCAUCGGCUGAGACAUUCGAGUGCAUGCGAACUGUUAAGUAAUUGUUUAUUGUCUGUAUUGUGGGUCUGAAAGUCAAAGUUUACGCUUUCGCCUUCUAUUUAACGUACUGCAGGGAUUCUGUAGUACCACUAUACCGGAGUCUAAAGCCCCGAACGCGCACGAAAAGAGACUGCUUAAGUGACAGUUGAGGACAUCGGUGUGGAUGAAGUAUUUCAAACGCCUUGCCACGAAAAAUUGAGAAGUAUAAAAGUGUUCUGCAACCAGCUAAUUUUCCAAUAUGGAGGGAGGUUCCCACAGUAUUCAAGUAAUAGAAAGAGAAAGACGAGAACCACGACAAAAUCUUCGAGAUCUAGGGACCGCCACCUUCAUCUCCAAACUGGUGAUAGCGUAUGGAUUAGUUACCCAGAUAGCCGCUUGUAUGACGGCCUUGAUUAUGCUAGUGAAUGACGUUUCGGAUAAUGAUGAUGAGCUUUUCAUGGACAUCACCAGCGGCAUCUUCCAGAGAAUUCCCGCGCUGACCUUCUGGAUGCCGAUUGGUCUAUUACCCCCUACAGUGAUUGUGGCCAUCUGCAUGCGAAAACCAAUGGAGAAACGUUUAUCAGUGUCUGCAAUGAUGUUUGUCAUAUUUUCCGGCUUUUUGGUAGUACUUGUCAUCGUGUCGUGCAUGAGUUCACAUUUACUUAAGGAUAAAGCCGGGACAAAUGCUCUCAUGCUGAAGGGUAUGAAAACCUCUAUGUUCUAUAGCAUUGAUUCGGAAUACAAAGACGACAUGAAAGUUUGGAACACGGUGCAGACCCAGUUUCUCUGCUGCGGAAUUUACAAUUCAAGUGACUGGAAGAGGUUAGGGGCGGACGUCCCAAAGUCAUGUCUGGCGACCUCUUUUAGUCAGUGGGACACGAUACAACAAGAGCCAUACUAUAAACAGGGUUGUGCCACUGUGAUCCGACCUCAGUUGUUCAGUUACCUAUCCACCACGUACUCAUUCUGUACUGUGCUCAUUUGUGUACAGCUUGGCAUCUGUGCGCUAACGUGGGCCUUAAUGUUCAUGUCACGAUAUUGUCACGCGGACCGCGUGCGCACCUUUUGGGCAGACGACAAGUAUUCCGAUGGCGAAAACAGCGAAGAUGAACUUCUCAACGGCGGCCCUCAUUAUACGACAUACGGGACAACGUUGUUAGGCGACGCCACAAGUUCCGCAGAGAAAAUUCCCAUGCCAGACAUUAGUGGACAUUCUAUCAAUACACCAACGCCUCCCAGGCCAGGCUACCAAUCAGUGACGAUCUCAUAUUUAGUGCCGGACGGGAAUUCAUUCCGUGCAUUUGCCACUGACUUUUAAUAAAAUUUAUCUUGCACAAUUAACUCAGGUACAGCUCUCUUCAUCCCAGAUGUAAUGUUUUUAGCGUUCAUAUCACACCUUGCCUGUGGACGUCUGCCCUGUAUGUCUUUGCGAACAUUCCGCAGCUUUUGUUAUAGGUGUCUCGUUUUCCCGAGCUCAUUCCGAAAAUGUACAUUUGUGGUUGUAAAUAUCUUGUUUUACGCAAAAGGUGCUAUUUUUGUAUAUGGAAUUAAGCUAGGAUUAGAUAGUCAUAGACUGGGUUUCCACAGAUUUAGAUCGAUCCAUCUGGAUCGACCUAACUCCCUGGGGGUUCACGCGAAAUUGCUGUCAGCCGAGCG